AUGGAGGACCCUCAGACUGCAGGCGGCGUGCUCGGUGGUGCUCGGAAGGCUGAUUCUCAGAAUGUCACCAAGAGGCUGCAGACAGAGCUGAUGCAGCUCAUGACGUCCCCCGCGCCCGGAAUCUCCGCGUUCCCCGGCGCCGACGGCGACCUGACCAAGUGGCACGCCACCAUCAACGGCGUCGACGACACCCCCUACGCCGGCCUGGUCUUCAAGCUGUCCUUCAACUUCCCCGCCGACUACCCCUACAAGGCCCCCGAGGUGCUCUUCCGCACCCCGAUCUACCACCCCAACGUCGACUUCUCGGGCCGCAUCUGUCUGGACAUUCUCAAAUCUAAGUGGUCUGCGGCGUACAACAUCCGGACCGUCCUGCUGAGUCUGCAGAGUCUGCUUGGGGAGCCGAACAACGACUCGCCUCUGAACGCCGAGGCUGCGGAACUCUGGGACAAGGACCCCGAAGAGUUCAAGCGCAAGGUGACGGCACGUCACCGCGACAUUGACGACGACUGA